CAAUUUAUAUAUAAUAUGGACAAGAGUGUAUAUUUUGUGCCAAUUUUUAUAUUAUUCGUAUCAAUUAUAUACUAUGUCUUUUCAAUUAAAUAUAAUAGUAAAAGAAAACAUAGUAAACUUCCACCUGGUUCAAUGGGUUGGCCUUACCUUGGAGAAACUCUCCAAAUGUAUUCUCAACAUCCAAAUAUGUUCAUCUCCACCAGAUUCAAAAGGUAUGGAGAAAUCUUCAAGAGCCACAUUCUUGGUUGCCCUUGUGUGAUGCUGGCGAGCCCGGAGGCGGCCCGGUUCGUGCUAGUAACCGAGGCUCACUUAUUCAAGCCCACUUACCCGAAAAGCAAAGAGAAUCUAAUCGGGCCACGGGCCCUAUUCUUCCACCAGGGCGACUACCACACGCGCCUCCGGAAACUCGUGCAGGGCUCCUUGUACCCGGAGACCCUCCGCGGGCUCGUACCCGCCAUUGAAGAUCUUACUGUUUCCGCAUUGAACUCGUGGGCUUCUGCUGCUGACGUCAUCAACACGUACACCGAGAUGAAAAGGCUCUCUUUUGAAGUAGGUAUACUUGCUAUUUUCGGCGAUUUAGAGCCUUACUACAAAGAAGAAUUGAAGAAGAAUUACAUUAUUGUAGAUAGAGGGUAUAAUUCUUUUCCGACGAAAUUACCGGGCACGCUAUAUCGAAAGGCGAUCAACGCAAGAAAGAGGCUGAGUGAAAUUCUGAACAACAUAACAAGAGAGAGAAAGGAGAGGAAGAUAGUCGAGAAGAAUCUUUUGAGCUGUAUGCUGAAUAAUUCGAACAACGGUGAAAUUUUAAGUGAGGAUCAGAUCGCGGAUAAUAUAAUCGGAGUGCUGUUUGCGGCGCAGGACACCACGGCGAGUUCCAUGACGUGGAUUGUUAAGUACCUACACGAUAAUCCGAAACUACUCGAGAUUGUUAAGGAUGAACAGAAGGCGAUAUACGAAUCGAAUGGCGAAGGGAAGAGUCCUUUGACAUGGUCUCAAACGAGAAAUAUGCCGUUCACUAACAAGGUGAUUUUGGAGAGCUUGAGAAUGUCAAGCAUUAUAUCUUUCACAUUCAGAGAGGCAGUGGAAGAUGUUGAAUACAAAGGUUACCAUAUUCCAAAAGGAUGGAAAGUGAUGCCUUUGUUCAGGAAUAUUCAUCACAAUCCGCAAUUCUUCGCCGACCCUCAAAAAUUCGAUCCCACAAGAUUUGAGGGUGCACCGAAACCAAACACGUUUAUGCCGUUUGGGAGUGGCGCACAUGCCUGCCCGGGCAACGAGCUUGCCAAGCUAGAGAUGCUCAUUUUCGUGCACCAUCUAGCUUCUCAAUUCAGGUGUGAAUUGGUGGGAUCUGAAAGUGGGAUUCAAUUUAGUCCAUUUCCAGUGCCAUUGAAUGGGCUACCAGCAAAAUAUUGGAAAACAAGAAUGGACCAGAUACAAACUUCAUGAGGAAUCUCAAUUGAUACCAUCAAAUUAAAUGUCACAUUCAUUAUUAUUAUAAUUAUUAACCAUAGUUAAAUUAUACCUAUAGUCUUUUUUAUUUUAUUUUUAUUUUUCUAUAAAUUGGGAAAAAUCCCAUUUUGAUGGGGAUAAAUGAUGCCCCUAUUUAAAUUACAAUUGAGGGAGACUUCCACUUAUGUCUCCAUCUAUUACA